GUUAAUAUAUUGCCGAGUAAUGUUUUGCACAUGUCAGAACAUGAGAACAGUUUGACUACUUAUAUUUAGAAAGCACAAGAAACCUGCACCCUGGUUAAGAUAUAUACAUAAACUAGUUUCAAAUGGAGCAUAUUCAUUCUGAAAUGUUUGUUCCAAGCAACGACCUAUUAUGUGUGGCGGGAGAGAAUUCUAGGUGACAGAAUCAGCUGGGUUAUUUUUCGGUUAAAUAUCUAAUUCGUCUUAGAGACAAGGCGGUCUUUAACAUAGUAUUUUUGAUUGCCUAUCAUACUCCACACAAGUUUAGAUUCUCUCCUAAAAAUAUGGUUUGAAUUAUGAUGCUUCUGUUGAUCAAAAGAAAAAAAGUAUGAUGCUUCUAAAUGUGGAUCGGAUGCAGUGGUUUUGAGUCUAUCUUACUCUUUAGUUUCUGUGUACGGUUGUUUGUUUCCAUUCUUUAUUCUUUAUCAUACUCACAGACUCACAGUAUUCUGUAUGUGAAUAUUUUUCACUAUUGUUCUAUAAAUUUGAAGUUUUAUUUAUAAAAAAGGUAAAUUAAUAGAGAUGUUAAAAAGAAAAAGCCUCCUGACCAAUUUUUUUAAAAAGAAUCUCUAAUGUUCUAAAUGUUUAAUUUGAAUAAAAUAAAUGUGUUAGAAGUCUUUAAAAAGAUUGAAGGUAAGCCGAAUUGGCAACUGGAGUACCACUGGAGUUGGUGUCGGUAUGAAAUUAUUGGAGAUUGUCUGAUGAAGAACACACAGCUGGAUAUCAACCAACGAGCUACGACUUCUUUCUUUUGCUGUCUUUUUAAACAUCAUUUCUUCCUAUUUUAUACGUUUAAAAAAAAAAUAAGAAUUAUCUUAGGCAAGAUAGUAAGAAGAAAAUAGGUCAAUUACGGACGAGUCGGUUUCGAUCCUAAACGAGCUACCAUUCUCACGUCGUCCAAAAGACCAAAACAUAGGACAAGAUGACAAUAGGCAAGAAAAUAUUUCAAUGACGGACGAGUCGGUUUUGAUCCUAACCAAUCUACAAUUUCUACGUCGAAAUCAAAGAACAAAUUGCACAAUACGCAAGAAAGUAGGUCAAUGACGGGAGAGUCAGUUUCGAUCCUAAACCUGUGUCAUGGUGCGUGUUUCCUAGAAACAAGGACAUCAAUUAACGCUUCUUCUUUUAUCAUGAAACGUGAAAGAGAAUGAAAGUAUCAAUCACGAUUUUUAAUUUAGUUGUGAACAUUAUAUUGUUUUAGUACAUAUUUAUAUGCCAAUUGUGAAUUAGUGAGUUUUAUUAUAUAUCAGGAAUUCGAAUUAUUGUGCGACCGUACUCAUUAAUUGGUUAGACUUUAUUUAAAUAGUAGUUGAAUGUAACUUAUCAUUGUGAAAAAUAGAAAAUUUAGCGUUUAAUUAGAACGUCAUAUUUAUUCCCUACAAAUAAACAUAUAUGUUUGUCACAAUACGUGUUUUGUUGUAAGUGUUUCCAAUAAUGUUGAUUUUGAAAUUCAAUGGUGCAUUUAUGUAUUGAUAUGUUAUUCUAAUAUAAUAAUAUAUAGUUUAAGGUACAACUCUAUAUGAAAACGAAAAAUAAGUACCAGACGUUGCAGUUUAUAAGUUUUUCUAGUAUCAUCAUGUCAUUAUCCAUAUUGAAUUUAGAUAUAGUGUCUGUAUGAAUCAUAUAUGUUGGUAUUUUAGAUAUGCUGAAUUUUUGAGAUAUCAAAGAGUGAAUACUUGGUUUGGAUAUUGUUUGAUGUUAUCAAAUUAUUGGAUGAGACAAGUUUACUUGCAAGUCUCCUCUAUCCUUGUAGAAUCCAGUCUGAAAUGUAGAAAGAUGUUGGAGACCUUCUCAUUGACCUUUAUCUGACGACUAUGGCUCAGCCAGUUCUCAUGAAUCUCAUCAGUUCAUCGAAUCCACUAUAUCAAGCAGCCUUAAAGGUGUUACAAUAUGUGAAAAGUAGCGGCUAAAAUACAUUUUGUAGAUUUUUCUCUAGUUUUACAUACGCGGAUUAUGAGUAUCUUGUUUAGAUGCUAGAAGGCACUACUUAUGAAGUUGUUGGUGUGCUUGGCGUUAGGGGUUGGGGUCGGUGUCCUGCAUGUCCAGUUUAGGGCCAUGGGGCGGGUAAUUUCCACGGGACGGGUUGGAUCACAGUCUGUUUCUCUCGGAUAUUCAUUGAUUUCCUGGAAAUCUUGCUAAUAUAAGCAUCAUGUUAUGUCAAGGCUUCUGCAAAGGUUGAAUACAUCGUUUUGUAUUUGAUGUUUGCGAGAUUGUUUGGUUCGUUGCAUUCUCAAAGAAGGGGUUCAAAAUUUCUUCAUGUUCGGACAGAGUUAAAAAUGUUGGUGUGCUACACUUCAGAAAUUUAAUAAACAAUAUGUGAGUUUUUAAUAUUUUCUUGACAUCGAUAAUGUUAAUGUACAUAUUGACUUGAUCAUGUACUAACAUCUUUCCCGAAUGUAUAUUUCCUCUCUUUUUAAACUAGGUUAGCAAACUGUGGUAUGAUCUAAUUCUCACACAAAAGUAUAUGUUUUUUCUCAUGGGAUGAUAUAAAAAAGCAUGAAGAGUUGGUUGCCGGUAUGGUAGAAACGUUCUAUGUAAACAUUUUACUUUGAUGAAAACACAUAAUUCUGAUACGUCAGGAACUCGCUCCAUCACUAGUUAUAUUUAUACACGUACUUCUGUUGUCAACAACUUAGUUAUAUACUUAUAUAUCCUUAUAUACCGUUGUACGUAAGUAACGUAACUUAAGAAUGUCAUAAAAGAUUAGUGGUCUUUGUGAGUUUGUGAAAUUUAUUACUAUCGUAGUUAUUUAAUUUUAUUUUCACCAUCUAACAACUUUACUAAAUCAUAAUUAAUUGUUAGACUGUAAAAAUAAAAGUUUUUUGUGGAAAUCAUUUUAGUCCGGUGGUUUUUACUAACUGUUCAUCAACGUUUCUAAAUUAGGAGGUUUAGGCUUCAAGUCAUAGAAAAGAUUAAUUACAUACAUCACAAUACUAAAAAGAACAUAACGUCACUUAAAAUAAUCAACCAAUAACAACAUUUCGUUUUUUUGGGCUUAAAUUUACGUUUGGACUGUGUGUAUGUGUUUGGUCUCUAAUAUCAAUUAACCUAAAAACCUACCACAAAGACCCAAACCUAAAACUAAGACGCCGAGAUGCCGAGGCCAUUCUCCUCCGACACUUCGUCUUCUGAUAAUGGUUUCUCUUGCUGAUGCAGGCACUGAAGAAAGAAAAAGUUCCACUGCCAUCCUCUAUACCUGCCAAAUCUGGAGGUGGAACGCAGAAGAAGGUAACCUCCUAUCAAAUUUUAUCUUCUUUUGAUUCAUAUUUUCUUUUGCUUACGUUGCUUUUUUCUUUUCUUGAUUCGACAUAGAUGGAGCUAAGGAAAGCAAAACUAAAAGGUGAACAACAGUUUGUCUUCGAUCAGGCAACUACCGACAAACUUCAGUCUGAAGCCCUUAUGUUCAAAUUGAUCUAGCAUAUUUUCGCUGACCGUGUUCGUGUAAGUUACUAUCUCCACUCUUUAAAGGUUCCAACUUUUCAGCUCCUGCAUCGUGUGUGUGUGUUAUUUUCUAGCUAAUUCAAUGGGUUUAGGUCUCUUUUAUGGAUUUGAAUAUCAAUUAUCAGUUAUUUGUUAUAUUUUAUAAAAACCCAACGUUUUCAACUUUUUCUGGAUAAGCUCUUUAUGGUGAGCUUAGUUUUUUUAAUGCUUUUGAUUGGUAUAACUGGAUGGAUUUUGAUAACAUAUUUAUGUCUUUCCAUCAUUUUGUUAAAACCAAAACCUUCUUGAUAUUCAUAUUAGUGAGUUUGUUCAUUAUUGGGUAUGCUUAUCAAGCUUAAGUAAGAAACGCCGUUCUUGCUUACUUGCUUGUGACUAAAUGAUCUUACUUUCGUAUGGUUUGCACACUGAUGUUGUGCUAGAAAAUUAGCAAGUCUUUGGUCAUUCAAAAGAAGACCAUGAUGAGCUACUCCUAAGUGUUGUGGGCGUGUACUACAUGGUCAAACGGCUCAAGUAUUUCAUGGUAAAUACAUUGCUACUAUCUAUAUGUUUGGUUGUUUGGAUGUGACAGGAUAUAGGAUUGGGUGGAGCAUGGAGCUUAAGUGGCAGAUUGUUGUUCGAUGGCUGAAGCAGAGAGGUAUAUGGGGAAGAAUAGGAAGCGAGAGAACAAAGGGAAAUGGGGUCUACACCUCAAGCCUUUUCAAGCUAUGUGAAUGAUAUGGACCUGAUAGAUUUCAUGGAGUUGCAGCUGCUGUCUCACAGUUGAGAAUGUCUGUAGAAUGCAGCAAGUGAUCUACAAUGAGAUAUUCAAAGGGAAUAUGAUGAAAAAGUUGGAUGCAUACAUGCUGUUGAAGAUUGAUCCGACCAAAGUGCACUGAGUUUACAGUAUACUUGUGAAGAAGGGUACGUCUCAACAUGAAAACAUCUAAACGCAUGUCUAUGGCUCUUUACAUUGUAUGUUUAUGCCUCUUUACAUUAUCAGUACAUAUAUAUUGAAUUUGAAGCUAGAAUAUCGUUAUCUUACAAGAAGUUUCUGUUACAGGUCAAUUACUUCCCAUCAAGAAAUCUAUAAACCUAGAUAUAUGCAAAGUUAUAAUGAAUUAUAAACUAAAAUGUGGCUGGUGUGUUGGUCUUCAUUGAAAAAGUGACCAAUACACCCAGCACCCACACAUAUAUUAAUCAGUUUUAAAAACAAUUUAACUUGCAAAUGUUUUCUUUUUGGAACAGAGGCAAGUCAAUGUUGUGAAAAAUAAAAGAAAUUAACUGAUUGGAUGAUAUGAAGGCCGUUUCUCAAAAAGAAAGCAAAAACUGAUUGGAUGACCUGUAUACAGCACUAACAAUAAUGAAAUAAGUUUUUUAAAGUUAGGAUUAACAAACCAAAAGUAGAAAAACGUAUUAGUUUAAAAGAACAAUGUUCGAUAUCUGUUACUUAUCUGCACAACAAGAUGCAUUAUAGUUUGUUUCAUGCUUACGAACAUCUUUAAUCCACGUCACAACAAAUUUUGUAACCACAUAAGGCUAAUAGGUUACUAAUAUGCUGUAAAAAAUUAUGAUAUUAAAAAGAAGAGGAUACGGAAAAAUAUUUGUGGCUAACAAUGAAAGCUGAUAAGUAUGAAAAAUGAAAAAAAAAAAAGAGUUCAUCUAUUUUUAAAUGAUGAUGCAAAAUAAGCUAAAUAAAGAAUAAAUGAAGAAUGAAGUCCAUAUUUUAAAAUUAAUCUUAUACGUAAUUAAAAUUAAUUAUUUUCAAUCAAACAAUAAACAAAUCGGCUAUUACAUUUUCAAAUUGUCAAGCAUAUAUUUAAACUUAGAUUGUCAUGCAUAUAUUUAGAUUUAAAGUGUCAUAUGCAUAUAUUUAAACUUAAAUUUAUUUUAAAAUAACUUUAAAAUCAACUAUGCAGAGAUUACAAUCAAAUAUAAUAAAUUAAUAGAUUUCUAUAUCAUCAAUACAUACUUUAUUUUCUCAAAUAAUAUUGAAAAAUGUUCUGAAUUUUAAAACCAAAACAAAACCAUAAUAAUAUUAGAAAAACCGCGCCGGAAAACCACUAGUAUUAAUAAAAAUAUAUAAAUCUCUAACAUAGUUCAAAGAAUACUCUGUUAGACAGUAAAUUUCCAUAAGACAGAUAGAAUUAUGGAUUGUGAAAUCAUUAUUUAAUAUUUUUCGUUAUAUGUAAUAUUAUAAUUAAUCAUUAAUAAAAAAGUUUAAAUAAAAUAGAAGUCUAAAUCAUUUAUAUAUAGAAAAUGUACUUAAAACGCUUGUAAAUACUGAAACAAAACGUUAAAAGAAAACAGGCAACAUCAGCAUUUAAUUUAUGCAUUAAUUUAGCUCUUCCUUUUUCUUGAUUACGAAACUAACCACACCUUCCUUCUGAUUACCACAACACUAAAUCCCUUUAGGAAUAUAAAAUCGACUUCGAAUCCACUCAACGAAUCAUCUCCAUAUUUUCUAAUUUUCCAACCGAGUUAAUUAAGCACUCUCUCUUAAUAAAACAUGUCUCCAAACGUUCUCCGGUGGUUUAGCCUCGUCGCAAUCCUCUGGCUUCAGUCUAUCAAUGGCACCAACCUGAGCUUCCCUGCUUACUCUUCACAGCUCAAAGAGUUUCUCUCAAUCUCUCAGUUUAAACUCAACUACCUCUCUUUCGCCUCCGACGCCGGAAAAGUCCUCGGUUUUAUCUCCGGGAUCGCCGCCGUUUAUCUUCCUCUGCCACUCGUCCUUCUCGCCGGUGGUUCUUUAGGUUUCGCCGGCUACGGUCUCCAGUAUCUCUGCAUCGUCAAAAAGAUGUUCACGUUGUCGUUUUACCAGAUCUGGGGCUUGAGUUUCUUGGCGGGGAACAGCAUCUGCUGGAUCAACACGGCUUGUUACAUCGUCGCCAUCAACAGUUUUCCGGUGAACCGUCAAGUUGCCGUGGGGAUCACGGCGAGUUAUCAAGGUUUGAGUGGGAAAAUCUACACCGACAUGGUUCAAACGUUCUUCUACUCGUCUCAACGCGAAGCUGCCUCUGGCUAUCUUUUGCUCAACUCUCUCGUCCCAUUGGUCGGUUGUCUCGUGACGGCUCCUAUGCUGAUGCGAGAAGCAAAAGCGACGUCGUCUUCGUCAUGGGAUAUUAACGUGGGGUUUAUUGUUUUGUUUGUUGUGACUAUAGCCACGGGGAUUUACGCUGUGGCUACGAGUCUUCUCACUGCUCCUGCGGUUUUAGUGCUCGUUGGCAUUGUUUUGUUUCUUCUUGCUCCUCUCGCUAUACCAGUUGGAGUGGGAGUCAAAGAGCUUGUUUCCGCUAGAAGAAGCCAACAAAAGGUACACGACUUGGAAGUUCCUAGUGAAGAAGAUCAAAAUAAAGAAGAGGAAGAAGAGUUUGAUGAGAAGGUGAUAGUUGGAGUUAAAGAAGAGGUUGAGUGGACAAAACUAUGUAAGAAACUCGAUUUUUGGAUUGACUUCGGUCUGUAUUUGUUCGGUCCAACGGUGGGACUAGUGUUUAUGAACAACCUUGGUCAAAUAGCUGAAUCUCGUGGUUGUGCCGCGACCACUUCUUUGGUCGCUCUCUCGUCGUCGUUCGGGUUUUUUGGCCGCUUGCUUCCUUCGUUACUUGAUUACUUCCUCUCUAGGAACAAGUACAUGCCAUCAAGCCCGGUUUCUAUGGCGGUUUCAUUGGUAGCAAUGGUUGCUUCGUUUCUAGUCCUCCUCAUUGACUCCGACAUCGCUCUCUACACUAGCACGGCGAUUAUCGGUGUCUUCUUAGGAGCUUUGACUUCUCUCUCGGUCACAAUGACUGCCGAGCUUUUUGGGACAAAACACUUUGGAGUUAACCACAACAUCGUUGUAGGAAGCAUUCCGAUUGGUUCUUUCGGUUUCGGUUUAUUCGCCGCCAAAGUUUACCGUGAUGGAGCUGCCUUCGACGGACGUUUUGACGGAAAGUGUUAUGGGAUGUAUUGCUUUCAAACCACUUUCAUAUUUUGGGGAACGCUCUGCUCGAUCGCUGCCGUUCUCGCCGCCGUUUUAUAUCUACGCAACCGCAAGUUCUUCUCGUCUACGCGGUAGGAAAAAGAACAACAUAUUUUGAAGAAGAAAAACAGCGUUUUUCGCGGGUUAUUAUCCACGCAAGCUUUCACUUCAUCAAAGGGCAAAAGUUUUUUAGUACCAAACUAAUUUUUUGUAUACUUAUGCCGUUUGUUAAACCGAUGGUGAGUAAGUAAAAAAUUUUGUAUAGUAUAGACGUGCAGUAAAAAGUAGAUAGAGAUAAAAAGAAGCAUGCAAGUCUAACGAUCCACUUUUCAAUCUAAAAUCAGUUUUUUUUUUCUUA